AUGCAUGCAAUAAACCCCGUGACUUCUGCAAGCGAUCUACCAAUUGAACUUGAGGUCCGAAUCCUCUCUGAGCUACCAGCCAGAGAAAUACAACGGUGUCGCCGCAUUUCCAAGCAUUUCCGCGACGUCAUCGACGAGAAGAGUAACGCGCAUCUGCUCUUCCAGCCAGGUCAAAUCCGUAGCAGAACCAAAUUAUCCGACGAGCUCGCGUAUGUCACUGAUCUGGCUGGAGUGGACCUUCUGGAGGCUUUCAGUCGCUGGCUGAGCCGUCGCGCGAUCUGGCGAAUACCUGAGUGCAAGCAAGUCAUUCUUCGCGCGUUCUGCGAUCACUGGGCGGCGCAGCAGACAAUGCCCGAGUCGCUGGAUUCUACAACAGAAAUGGAAAUUCCAGAUUUUGAGCUGCAAUGGCUGUCAGAUGCUCUUCUGACAUUGCACAUCAAUGUGCACGCUUUAAUCGACCCUUGGGGGGACAUUGACAUCGACGAAUUCAUCACGACAGUCGCUCUGCUAGCACUUGACCAGAAUGAAGAAGCCAUGCAGCGCUUCGGCAUCACAGCAGAAAAAAUCCGGAAGUAUGGCGAAGAAGUCGUGGCAAAUGCCAACCGCCUGGCUGCUCCGAUCGUCACACCCAAAUCAGUGCCGCCCAACGUAAUGCUCAACAAAAGACCCCUCACCACAGUCAGGAGCUGGCGGGCCUGCCGUCCGAUUUCCGCCAACGACUACACGUUCCCUGAACUUCACCUCCACGGCCUCGGCGACAACAAGUGGCUCUCGGAGAUACUGCAGAUUCCCGAGAUCCCGAGCACAUGCUUCCAGAUUUUUGCCUAUUGUGCUGGAAGCGAUUGGACAUAUGAGAAGCUGGAACGAGCCGAGGAGGGAAAUGCUUUGACUGAGCUGGAGAAAACUGCUAUUCUGCAAGACAUAAUUUUAUACUGA